AUUUUUGUUUCAAGAUGAACGCAAACUAACUUUCACUCUGUUGAAACAUCUGUACUUGAGAAACUGUGGAAGAGUAUUUAAACAGUUGUAUCCCAUGUAGUCCGCUUCUUACUCACGGCAAUUACGAUUAAACGUUUCAAAACAGAAACAUUUGUAUUUUACGAUGGUCAAUCAUCAUUGAUGAAGCUAAACAGGGGUCUGAGUCGAUCGUCGAUAGAAUCGCUCACACAGCGAGUUGUGACAGUGCUGAACUGUCAUCUGAAAAGGAGUGUGCUGCUGAGUGCUCGCGCUUUUCACACAGUACCAACAAGACAGAGAUACCCGGAAGGCACGAAAGUUAAUUUAGGUGACUAGAAUGAAUCGUUUCAAGACCUCCAAAUUCAAAAACACCACCCCGAAGAUCGCCAAGAAAGAUGGCUGGAUCAGUAAUGUCCGGGCAGGAUCCUUCACCUCUCAGGGGAACCACAUCAAAUCCAGCACCAGGCUUGUGGCCUUCAACACUGACCAGGCCGGUGGAGGAAUGCUCGGCCUCACUUCUGUGGAACCAGGGUCUGAUGGCAGGUGGACAGUGACUGUGAUCCCAUGUCAUGCUGAUCUGAUAACUGAUUUGGACUUCUCUCCGUUUGAUGAUAAUCUCCUGGCUACCUGUUCUGCAGAUGAAACGGUGAAGCUGUGGCGUGUGUGUGAACCAGAACAGGAGCAGCCCGGGGGGGCGGAGGUGACCCUGUGUCCCGGAGAGGGUCGUCUGGAGCUGGUCGCCUUCCACCCCACCUCCUCUGGCCUGCUGGCUGUGGGCUCCACCAAGACAGCCCAGCUCUGGGACACCAGCCGCCAACAAUCACCGCUAGCAGCUCUGGAGCCGCACGGUGAUCAGCUGCAGAGUCUUAGCUGGAAACAGGACGGCUCCCUGCUGGCUUCCUCCUGCAAGGACAAAAAGCUGCGAGUCUUUGACCCAAGAGCCCAGCUGACACCUGUUCAGAGUGCCCAGGGACUUCAGAGUAACAAGGACUCUCGAAUCCUUUGGGUCAAGGACUCUGACCACAUACUGACCACUGGCUUCGAUCAGAUGCGGGGUCGGGAGGUGAGACUGUGGGACAGCAGGAAGUUGGGAUCCUCUCUGGGCUCUGCCAACCUGGGCACCUCCAAUGGGACCCUGAUGCCUUUGUUUGACCCAGACUCAGGCCUCCUCACAGUAUCUGGGAUGGGAGAUAGUGUCAUUGACUGCUUCGAGGUGUCUGCCAGUGAACCAUUCCUUUCCCAAGUGAGCCACUGUCUGACGGACGCCCCAACGCGAGGCGUUGCCAUGGUACCCAAGCUGGCAUUGGACGUCCUGUCCUGUGAGGUCAUGCGGGUCCUGCAGCUGACGGACAGCUUCAUCGUGCCAAUCAACUACCACGUGCCCCGCAAGUCAGGACAGGAGUUCCAUGCAGACCUGUACCCAGACACCUUGGGCCGGACGGCAGCCAUGUCAGCUGCAGAGUGGUGGAAAGGUGGCGAGAAACAGGUUGACAAGGUCAGUGUCAACCCAUCCAAUCGUCAGAAGCCUAACAACGCUAAACCAGCCAAUCAGAUGCCUGCUAAGAAAGAGCUGCCCAGUGGGAGGAGCAAAGAGGAGGCUCCAGUGCGAGGCUGCUCCACCUCCAGCAGUCCCCUGAGCUCCCCCAGCAGCAGUGCUGCCCCGUCCCGCUCCCCCUCCUCCACCUCUGGCCUCUCCUCAGGCUUCCAACCCAGCCCCAGCCAGAGUGUCAAAGCCAUCAGCAGCAUGUUGGGUCCCAGCAGUAAGUUUCGUCACCUGCAGGGUGCGGUGCUCCACAGAGACACCCACUUCACCAACCUGAAGGGGCUCAACCUCACCACGCCCGGGGAGUGUGAUGGCUUCUGUGCCAACCGCCAUCGCGUAGCCGUGCCCCUCGCCACAGCCGGGGGUCAGAUCGCCAUCUUUGAGUUGUCCCAGGCUGGGAAGCUAGCGGACACGGGCCUGCCCACCAUCCAGAACUCUGUCAAUGUGGCUGACUUCUCCUGGGACCCCUUCAACAGUCACAGACUGGUGGUGGCGGGCGACGAUGCUAAGAUCCGUGUGUGGCAGGUGCCUGAGGGGGGUCUGACAGAGACCCUGACUGAGCCAGAGGCCAUCCUGCAGGGCCACACCGAGAAGAUCUACUCAGUCAAGUUCCACCCCCUGGCGUCGGGCCUGCUGGCAUCCUCCUCCUACGACCAGACGGUGCGCCUGUGGAACCUGGAGUCUGGGGACGAGGUCAAAGCACUCCGGGGACACCAGGAUCAGAUAUUUGGGAUGGCGUGGAGUCCGGAUGGUAAACUCCUGGCCACGGUGUGUAAGGAUGGGAAAUUGCGCAUCUACGACCCUCGCAAGUCUGCUGACCCAGUACAGGAGGGUGCAGGUCCUGAGGGCCACAGAGGGGCCCGUGUGGUGUGGGUGUGUGACGGCAAAUACCUGAUGGUGUCAGGAUUCGACAGUCGCAGUGAGAGAACCCUGUACCUGCACUCCGCUGAGUCCCUGUCCUCCGGGGCCAUCGCCAGCGCCCCCACCGACGUCUCGCCCUCCACCCUCAUUCCCUUCUACGACCCCGACACCAGCGUCGUCAUCCUCACCGGAAAGGGUGACACGCGAGUGUACAUCUUUGAGAUAGUGCCAGAAGCUCCCUAUUUCCUGGAAUGUGCCAGCUUCAACUCCUCAGAGCCCCACAAGGGCUUGGCCUUCCUGCCGAAGACUGAAUGUGUGGUGCAAGAGGUAGAGGUGGCCAGGGGUCUGAGGCUCAGUAAGACCUCCAUAGAGCCAGUGGUCUUUAGAGUCCCCCGCGUCAGAAAAGAGUUCUUCCAGGAUGAUGUGUACACAGACACAGCAGUGUGGUGGGAGUCCUCUCUGACAGCCUCAGCCUGGCUGGCUGGUUCUGAUGGGAAGCACCACUCCAUCAGCCUCAAGCCCAAAGACAUGACCCCAGUGAGUGAGGCGCCCAAGGAGGUCCAAGUGAGAAAGUACCUUCCAUCCUCUCACUACCUGGAGGAGAAGACUGACGAGCAGAAGAAAGAUGAGCUGUUGAGUGCCAUGAUAGGCAAGCUGGGGAACAUGGACGACAACCCUCUACCACAGGAGUCCUUCCAGGGAGUAGAAGACGAUGAGUGGGGUGACUAGUGUGUGUUGCCUUGCGGACCAGUCAGGGUCCAGCAGUAGCCAAGGGGCCUGCUGGACUGAAACGUGUCAUUCCUGUGUGCCACUGAUGCAUCCUAUGUCAAAAGAACAUCUCUCAAACGCAUAACAUUAACCUGCCCUUAGGGUUGCAAAAUUCUGUCAACAAAAUGUCUAGAUUUUCCAGAAAUCCCAAUUGGAGAAUUCCUGGAUUUCCUGCUUAUUUUCCUGAACAUUUUAGGGAAAGUUACCAGACUUUUGCAGCCCUACCUCCCAUAUCCUCGUAUCAACCCCUAUUACUCUGAGUAAGUAGAUGUUGCCUCUAACCAUUGACUGAAUCAGGAUCAGAUAUGUUUUCCUCCCCAUAAUGUUUAAAGGUAGGACUGGGGGUUGGGAAUCUGAUCCUAGGUCUGUGGUUAAAGGCAACCUCACACCAAUUUGACCUUUGACUUGCAGCUGCCUUGUACUGUAAAUAGCUACCAUUCCUACUAGGCUAGAUAGUUAAAUGACUCCCAACACUCCCUUACAACCCAGCCCUUACCGCCACACUGGAUGGACACCUGUGUGUCUGGCACCACUCCUAACCUUACACCUGUGUGUCUGGCACCACUCUUAACCUUAUACCUGUGUGUGGCACCACUCCUAACCUUACACCUGUGUGUCUGGCACCACUCCUAACCUUAUACCUGUGUGUCUGGCACCACUCCUAACCUUACACCUGUGUGUCUGGCACCACUCCUAACCUUAUACCUGUGUGUCUGGCACCACUCCUAACCUUACACCUGUGUCAUAAUAAUAAUGACUAGACCACUGCUUGCUUUUUUAUGGGCCUACAUGAACCAUACUCCAUAAUCUUCUAAACACAGUAACUAUGAAAAACUCAAACGCAUGCUCUUGAAUACAGUAUCGAUGUUCUUCCAGAUUUACCACCUCCUAUGCAUCACUAUAUGUUGACACACACACACACACACACACACACACACACACACAUAGACUCACUCUCCACCUCUGCACCUGGAUAUCCCAUCUGCACCUCCAGCUCCUGUAGUCCGUGGAUGUUAGAUGGUCAGUGGUAUCCUCAUACGGUCUCAACAAGCGCACAGCAAAAACCACAGACAGGGUACAACAGGGUAAAUAGCCUUCAGGUUAAAGCAUGGCUGAUUUCUAUUGAUAGGAAUAGAAUAUUAUUUUGUUGUUUAGGUAGCUUCAUUCUCUGGCCAGUGAUAAAGAUCUACUAACAGUCCUGUACCACUCCAGGGUCGUGUUCAUUAGUCACCAAACGGACAAAAACAACCUCAAACAGGGAGGGAUUACCUGGAUUUUCAUUUUCCAUGUUGCAAAGCAUUUCAAAACGUUUUCCGUUGUGUGCCGUAAUGAACAUGACCCAGGUUCAUAUCUUAGUUCAGCCAGCAGAUAGUUUGGGGGACUCUUAAAAUGUGUGUGACGUUCUUACAUGUGGGUGUCAUGUAUUGAAAAGCCAAAACACCUCCUGUGGGAGUUGUACAGGAGUGUGUCUGUGGAUCUCUGAGGUUGUAAUAUGGUGGGGAGUAGUAUGUAUCUGUACCUUUCUUUCUAGAUUGAUAGACUGUAUAACUGGAAUUCCUGUACCUCAUAUGUUAACACUUCGUCUUAAGACUGUUAUUGAAGUAUUCCUCACUAAAGGAGCUCAUUCUUUUAUUAUACUGUAGUAAACAAUCAUUUUGUUACUUUUUCUUAAUAACUUACAGUAUUAUUACUAUAUGAUGCAAUCACAGCAGCCAUGAUCAAGACUAGUACAGCAUAAGGCAAUACUUUUAAUAGGCUAAUCCAAGUCUGAUCAAACCAAUCAUGUUGUUUACAAUGACAGAAAGACUGGAACCAACCAAGCAUUCUUGAAUAGUAGUCAGACUCACUGAGUUUACACAGGCAGUCCAAUUCUGAUCAUUUUUUAAUUGGUCUUUAAACCAAUCAGAUAAGAGCUUUUUGCCAGUACUUGGGCAAAAUAUCAGAGUUGGGCUGCCUGUGUAAACACAGCCAUUGUGUUGUACUUGAAAAGUGAACAGACACCAAUGCAUUGACUGUAGGGCCUAGAUAUCGUUGGUGUCAGUGACUGUGAGUUUGUCAUGUGUUUUGUGCCUGCAAUCUCUCAAAUGUCUUACAUUGUUCUUUGGGAAAUUAACAAAAAGAAAAAUCUCUUUUAUACUUUGAAUAAUGCAUUAUUUCUCUGUCCAUCUUAUGAAUAACGGUUUUGUGGGAAUGUUCAUGUUGCCUUGCAAUAAACAACUGUUUGAACCUUGUA